AUGUACCAACCGGAUCUGGAUACACCAGCUCUCCGCUCCAGGGUACUGGACAUGUUCCCGUCCCCAGAGCAGCUGGCAACCAUGUUGUUUGACGUCAUGGAGGCCCUGGGCUGGAGGGAGACAUAUGUAGUGUACAAUAAGCAGUCCGAGUUCUACAGUUCAUUUAAAGCUCUACUCAACGAAGCAGGCUCCCGGAGACUCAGCAUGUGGGCCAAGGAAGUUCCGGUUGCCAUGGUUACAAAGAAGGACGAUGACGUACUGAACGCCGUGUUGUAUGACGUCAGCACUGCUGGACGAGAGAAUGUGGUUCUGAUGACGAGUGAUGAACUUGUGGGAGUCAUUCUGGACAAGAUUGUUACCUGA